CGAUGAAGUAUUAACAAUGGAACCAAAUAAGAUUGAUGGUUGGUUGAAACGCUUGCCAUUAACGUUUCAGUGUUUAGAUACGGGAGGUUUGUACCUCCUUGAUGAUGGCUUCACUUUCUUAGUGUGGUUAGGAAGGAUGCUCCCACCUGAACUUGUGAACAACAUUCUUGGAGUGAGCUUGGCAAACUUCCCUGACCUAUCUAAGAUUCUAUUGAGAGAGUGUGACAAUGAGUUAUCAAGAAAUUUCAUGAAAAUACUAAGAUACCUGCGGGAGAAGGAUCCUUCUUAUCACCAGCUAUCCCUUGUGGUGCGACAGGGUGAACAGCCAAGAGAAAGCUAUCUGCUUCUAUCUAACCUUGUUGAGGACCAGAUGGCUGGAACAAGUAGUUACGUUGAUUGGAUACAGCAAAUUCACCGUCAAACACAAAGCUAAUGACGAAAUACCAACAGGAAGCUAUGCCUGAAAUUUUUGCCUACUGUAAGCUGCUGCAGGGCGUAGAUUCAGUUGCUGCCAGUUCCAAGUCAAUCUCGCAACCCCUUGGAGAUCUUA